UUUUCUUCUUGUUGGCCAAGCCUGCGUGUGCUGCGCUCUCCCGACGGCGUCGCUCGGCUCGCUCGUUUUCGUGUUCAGUAAUCUUGGUUUUGUCGGUGCGUCUGCAUCGCGUCGUUGUGUUACAAUUUGGUUCGGUCGCGAUUAUGUCUUACAACGGGGAUUCGGGCAAUAUGAAGCGGCAGCGGAGUGACUCUGAGGGGAUGAUCAGGAACCAUCGUGGUGGCAAUGAUUUCUAUGGUGGCGAUGAACCAGUUAGGAAGAGGCCGUUCCGCCCUUCCAGAGGAGCGCCAGAGCCCCGGUCGGGCAACGACCACGAGAGGCCCAACCACGUCCUCCUCUUCACCAUCCUCAAUCCCGUUUAUCCAAUAACCACGGUUCGACAACAUUGAAGCUGCACAACGCGCCAAGGAUGCACUACAAGGCGCCGACAUCUAUUCAGGCUGCUGCACACUCAAGAUAGACUUCGCAAAGCCCACCAAGCUGAACGUGUACAAAAAUGACAGUGAGAGUUGGGACUACACAGCACCGCCAAUGGGCAAGCCGGAGUCUGGUUCUGGCCGGUCGCAGCCGCUGCUCGCGGCUCCCCGGUAUGGCGCCGGGCCCCAGCCUUACGGCGAGUCACGUGGUUCUGGCGGCGGCGGUGGCGCCCCCAACAACAUGAGAGGGGGCCACUUCAACCAAGGAGGCGGUGGCGGCGGUGGUGGCGGCGGCAUGGCCGACAGAUUUGAUGACGGGGGCUUCCAGAAUGGCCCCGGACACAUGGGCGGCGGUGGUGGUGGCGGCGGCGGCGGUGGCGGAUUCGGAGGCGAUCCCUACCCCGAGAGGUUCCCGCCCAGCAUGGACAGGGAUGAAAAGCCUCGUUUUCCAUCUGAUGGUGGUUCACGCAGGUUUGGCGGGCGAGGAGAAUCACUUUACCCACAAAGAGGUCCUGGAGGCCCUGGAGGCAACACAGUUCAUGGCGGCGGUCUCAUGCCUCCCUCCACAUCACCACAGCACUCAUCAGUACUCAUGGCUUACAACUUGCCAAUGGGCAAAAUAAACUGCGAUAAACUGUUUAAUCUUCUGUGCCUUUAUGGCAAUGUCUCAAAAGUUAAAUUUUUGAAGACUAAAGAAGGCUGCGCUAUGGUAAUGAUGGGAGAUGCACUGGCAGUUGAACGCACUAUUACAAAUCUCAAUGGCACACCUCUGAAAGAAGGAGGAAAAUUAGAGCUUGGUUAUUCAAAGCAGGCAUUCCUUGCUGAUGUACCAAACCCAUACAACCUUCCUGACAACAGCCCAUCAUUCAAAGACUUUUCUGGUUCCAAAAAUAACAGGUUCAUGAACCCAGCCAUGGCUAGUAAGAAUCGCAUUCAGACUCCAUCUAGGAUUCUUCAUUUCUUUAAUACUCCACCAAAUGCAACAGAAGAACAAUUUUACCAAGUAUUUGAGGACUGUGGUGUAUCCAGACCAAAAAGCAUAAAAAUUUUCCAAGGAAAAUCUGAAAGGAGCUCAGCAGGUCUCUUGGAAUUUGACGAUGUUAAUGAUGCAGUUGAUGUUCUUAUGAAUUGUAAUCAUCACCCAAUUGACAACCCUGGCGGCAAGUUCCCCUACAAUAUGAAGCUCUGCUUCUCAUCAGCGCGGUCGAUGCGCGAGCCAAGAGAACGAGAUGGCCGAGAAGGUCGCGAGGGCAGGGACGGCCGAGACGGGCGCGAUGGCCGUGACGGAAGGGACGGCCACGACCGGGACGGCAAGGACGACGACUAGACCAUAGCAGUACCUUGAAGUAAGCAGGACGAAAGCUGAAUCGCUCGCUAACUAAUUUAUCUCGUCUCGAUUUGAUUGGACUGGGGAACGACCCCAUAUUAGCUUGCUGGGGGACCAAAUGAAAAAGGAAGGGAAGAAAUCUGCUGCGCAGCACUGGUGAAUGUUAGACGAGGUGAAUGAACGUAUGACUGACUGAAUGAGUCUGGCUGUGUGAGUGAGUAUAUGUGUGUGUGAGUGUGAAAUCUGGAGUGAGUGCUGGCAUAUAAAAUAGGUAGGGUAAUGCAUGUCCACAGCCAGUUUGUCCCUCUUUGAGUGCUGGUAUGAUGGACUAAAUUAUCUGCAUUUCAAAAAGUUAAUGGUGCGAUAAUAUUUAUUUAAUGACAUGAUUUGUAAGUGUGGUAGAAUGGAUAGUUCUACCACGCCUGGUCUCUAGGUUGUGAGAUGAUAUAGGUUUCCAGUCUUUAUUUUAUGCCAACCAAGGAGGUGAAACUCGUCAUUUUAUUUUAAAUCUACAUCGAUAUUCUUUGAAAUCAAAUAGGUAUUGUUUUCUAGUGGACAAAUUCUUAUUCUUGAAAUGCACAAAGUAGGCCAAUUUUGGCACAUCAGUUACUUGAAGAGCAAAUUUGUUUACUUUUUUCUUAUUAUUGACUUUUUAUUUUGAGUACUGUAAUGUGUUUUGACAUGCUUUUUGUUCAUCAUUUCAUUUCUUAUUUCUUUUUUUAAUUUCAUAAGUUAUUUAGAUUAAAUGCCUAUGGCAUUUCUAUAGUUUUUAUCUUUGCGUUUUAGUGCUGUGUAUGUGACGCCACGAGGCAGCCCUGAUUUGUUUGGAUUCCAUUACUGUGCUAGUUGUUAGUUUUUCCCAAUUAUUAAAUGUGCCCUGUGACAUGCAUAACAUUGAUUUUGCUCAUAUGAGCUGUCUGCAACAAAAAUAGGCAGAUGAGAUUUAGGGUAUUAUAUACUAACUGCAUCAUAUGUGCACAAAGUGAUACUGUACAUUUUCCAUCAACUUUGACUUGUCGUGUGAUGAGGGAAAGUUGAACAUGAGUGGUGAGGAAUGCUAAUGAAGCCUUUUACAAUAAUGAAAUAAUUGUGAAAGAAGAGGAGACAGCCAAUUGCUCGUAUGCCUUCCACUUAAUGUCCCACUAAGUUAUUAUCCAAAAGUUCAUAUAAUCUUCUAUAUCAUUGUUGGAAAGAAGAUAAUCAUUUAUUUUUCUUAAACUAAUUGGAAAUGCGAUCAGAUAAUAAUAUUCUGGAAGCACAAAGUUCUAGAUUUUUGGUUGUUGAUUAAGUCUUUUUUUGACUUGAUCCUUUGUCAAUUAAUAAAGCCUCUUAAGGACAAGGCAGUCCAUUAGGCAAAUUUCUAUAAAUUUAAGUUUUUCGUAACAUAUCGAGGAUGUGCUUGUAUGUUGAAAUUAUCUUUGAAUACUAUUUCUGAUAGUAUUAGUAAUGUUAUUUUAAUCGUGGCUCUAAGCGUUCUGGCGCUGGUGUUGUCAAUCGUACAAGUAAGCAGUUGUGAGCCAAUCAGCAGCGUGGUGAUGUGGGCUCCAUGCUGCCUGCUACCUUGUUAAACAAAAUGUCAAUUCGAACGGGCCAAAUUAGUAGGUUAAGUUUUGGGAAAAAUCCCGACCCAUACACCUCUUCUGUACCUGAAUGGUGUGUACGAACUGUCUGAACCUUCCAUUGUAAACCAGGGCAAGUUGCUCCAUACUUGAAAUAUGUCCAAAAAAUAAUAAAUACUAUUACUAAAAUGCUAA